GCCAGGGUGGCUCGGCGAAGCUUGGGAGCCUGGUGAGUCGCUGGGGGAAGCGGAGCAGACGCCAGGCGCAGCCAGGAGCAUCGGAAGGUGAUCGCGCAAGUCCGGCCCGCGGAUCGCAGCCUGUAGAUCGCAGCCCGGGCCUGGAGGACAGCAGCAAGUGAAGGGGGUUCCUCUUCCUAAAGAAGGGGGUCAUGGCCUUCUUGUUGAUUACCCGACGGCUGGCCUGCAGUUCCCAGAAAAACCUCCACCUCUUCAUACCUGGAUCCAGAUAUAUCAGCCAAGCCGCUGCCAAAGUUGACAUUGAAUUUGAUUAUGAUGGACCACUCAUGAAGACGGAAGUCCCGGGGCCUAGAUCUAAGGAACUAAUGAAACAGCUGAACACAAUCCAGAAUGCAGAGGCCGUGCACUUUUUCUGCAACUAUGAAGAGAGCAGAGGUAACUACCUAGUGGACGUGGACGGCAACCGCAUGUUGGACCUGUAUUCUCAGAUCUCCUCUGUGCCCAUAGGUUACAACCAUCCGGCUCUGGCGAAACUCGUUCAACAGCCUCAGAACGCGAGCACUUUCAUCAACAGACCUGCCUUGGGCAUCCUGCCUCCAGAGAACUUUGUGGACAAGCUCCAGGAGUCCUUGAUGUCGGUGGCGCCCAGGGGCAUGUCCCAGCUCAUCACCAUGGCCUGUGGCUCCUGCUCCAAUGAGAAUGCAUUCAAGACCAUCUUCAUGUGGUACCGGAGUAAGGAACGAGGGCAGAGAGGUUUCUCCAAAGAGGAGCUGGAGACUUGCAUGGUUAACCAGAGUCCUGGAUGCCCAGACUACAGCAUUCUCUCCUUCAUGGGUGCUUUCCAUGGGAGGACCAUGGGUUGCUUAGCGACCACACACUCCAAAGCAAUUCACAAGAUUGACAUCCCUUCCUUUGACUGGCCCAUUGCUCCAUUCCCACGGCUGAAAUAUCCCCUGGAGGAGUUUACAACGGACAACCAGCAAGAGGAGGCCCGCUGCCUAGAAGAGGUGGAGGAUUUAAUUGUGAAAUAUCGGAAAAAGAAGAGAACGGUGGCUGGAAUCAUCGUGGAGCCCAUCCAGUCCGAGGGUGGAGACAACCAUGCAUCAGAUGACUUCUUCCGGAAGCUGAGAGACAUAGCCAGGAAGCAUGGCUGUGCCUUCUUGGUGGACGAGGUGCAGACCGGAGGAGGCUGUACAGGCAAGUUCUGGGCCCAUGAACACUGGGGCUUGGAUGACCCAGCCGAUGUGAUGACGUUCAGCAAGAAAAUGAUGACCGGGGGCUUCUUCCACAAGGAGGAGUUUCGGCCAAGUGCUCCUUACCGGAUUUUCAAUACCUGGCUGGGGGACCCAUCCAAGAACUUGCUGCUGGCUGAGGUCAUCAACAUCAUCAAGCGGGAAGACCUGCUCAACAAUGUGGCCCGUGUGGGGAAGACCCUACUCACAGGGCUGCUGGACCUCCAGGCCCAGUACCCUCAGUUCAUCAGCAGAGUGAGGGGACGAGGCACCUUCUGUUCCUUCGACACUCCCGAUGAAGCCAUACGGAAUAAACUCAUCCUAAUUGCCAGGAACAAAGGUGUGGUACUGGGGGGCUGCGGUGACAAGUCCAUCCGUUUCCGCCCCACGCUGGUCUUCAGGGAUCACCACGCCCAUCUGUUCCUCAGCAUUUUCAGCGGCAUCUUAGCAGACUUCAAGUAACGCAGCCGUCUCCAUGACGCUCAGAGAGCCCUGCCUCAGCGGCGUCAACGUGAUUAGUUUGCCUAAUUCAUAUUUUCACUUCCAAGUUUAUCAGAGGCGAAUGCAUAAACUAAAGGGUCAUUUGUGGGGCAGGCUCAUUGGUUCAGGCUUGUGGAGGAGUGGGUGGGGAGGACCACGGUUUGAGGAUCGCUCCUUGCAGAGCUCAUGGUGACCAUUGGUUAAAGCCCAGAAGUUCUGUGUAAGCAUUGAACACUGUCUUAGGAAAGGCCAUGAGGCCAUAUUUCUGUCAACCCUGGACCAACCAGUCUCUUAGAAGCCACUCAAGGGUAUAACACAUGCUCCGAGGUGGGUGUGUCUCUGACCAUCUCAAGCACCCUAUCUUGUGUCCCUCACAAACAAGCUCUUGUCACUUCUUACCGAGUCCAUAGCUUCAUGCCCCUCUCGUGACUUACUGAGGGUCCAGAUGGCUGUCAGGAAGAUGACAAGGUAGGGAGGUAAGGACCGUGUUUGGAGGCUUCUGGUAUCCUAAACACCAAGAUCCACUCAGCCCUGUGCCCUGAUGAUGUCCCUGGCCUGUGAAUUCUGUCCUUGACUGACCCGUGCUCCUGGAGGAUCCCCAGUUGUGUCAAUGAUAGAUAGUUUAGUCAACAUCCCCAUCUUGUGUCAAUCUGGACUCAGAGGAAGGAGUCAGCAUCCUGAGCAUCCAGAAGAUUCAUGGAACCUGAAGUUGCCUCUGGAGCCUCCACUGAGGAACACGUACAGCAGAGUCCUUCAUCCCAUCUCCAGGGUCUCUGACUUGUCACCCCUCAUCCUGGGAGCGCCAUAGUUCAUCUUUCACCCACACGCCUUCCCUCCAUUCCUGAGCAGGACUAGUCCGUCCCAGAGGGCCACUGCUAGACUUCCUGUUAGGGGCAAUGUGUUCAUUAUAAAGGCAUAAGGACACCACACCAGCUUGUUGGUUCCUGAUGGUUUUCUUAGACUUCUCCGCUCCCCCCACAUCCCAGCCUGGACUUCUCCUGAGUAUGGGGCUUUUUCUGGCAGCCAGAAGCCAAUGCUUAUGCAGGCUCCCGCAUCUCAGCCAGAGGCCAGAUGUUCUUAGAACUGACUUGACCUGAGCAGACCCCCUAACCCUUCAGACAGGCAGUGUUUAUUUAAUGCGUAGAGUGCAGAGGGGCUCUUUUAUCCAGACCCCUCUUUGUAUCCUGGUGCCCUUGUUGACUGUCUGGGAAGAUGAAUAUACCAGGGUUUCCAAAUCCAGCCCUUUUCGUUCUCUUAAUGAUGAAUCACCCAAAGACCUGGCUUUCAUGCUUCCUUAGACACGGCCUCCCUCGACUUACUUGCCUUGAAGAAGAAAGGCGCUGACACGCUUAACGCAAACAGAAGGUCCACAAAUAGCAGUUCACAUCACAGCCCUGCAGUCCCCUUUUGUAGCUGUGUUUAAGGUCAUUUCCAUCAAUGAUGGGGUCUGCUCCCUCCCUCCCUGUAAGCUUUCACUCACCAGCGUGUUUAUUUACACAUCCAUUACUUAUUCACUCAUCAGACUGUCAUGAAAUAUUUGUGUUGUUCCAGGGCCUGUGCUAAGCACAGGCACCAAACAUAAAAAGAGAGAAAGUCCUUGCUCCCGGGAACUCCCACUCUCUCAGGAACCACAGACCACCAAUGUUGAAGUCAGAAUGGAAAGUGUGCCAGCAAGGAUUUCUGAACACUAAAUCCAACGAGCCUUCACAGGGAAAGGAUAUUUGAGCAGAAUUCUUCAGAAUGAAUAGGAGUUAGCCAAGCAGAAAAGGCAAGAAGAGUGAAAGAAGUAAAAAGCAUCUGCGGAGGUACACCCGUGUGUGUGCAGAGGCACACCCGUGAGUGUGUGGAGGUACACCCUUGUGUGCGUGGAGGCACACCUGGGCAUAGUCUCCGCCCUUUCCCUGGGGAGCCAGACCCCACCCAGAAAUCCCAAGGUUCAAGGUCUUAUUUAACAAACCAGAAAAAUGCAGGCCAAGCCCUAAUUCAUCAUAUUGGUUUAAGCAUGCUGCCUCCUGAGAGCCACAGUGUCAUAUACAGAUACUUCCGCAGGUCCUUAGAGUUCAAAGGGUUUUAAUCCAGGACAUAAGCAGAAAUCGCUCUCUUUAGUGAAGGGAGCAGCUGAUUUUUUCAUUUUCUUGCCACAAGGCAUGUUGACAGAAGAAUAAAAUUCUUUGUAGACAGUCAUCUUCAAAUGUACUGUCCGCCCCUUGCCUGGAGACAGUUCUUCCCAUUUUAAACAAACAAACAAAAUUUAAGGCGUUUAUCCACAAGUUCUUGACUCGGGUACAGUGCGUUCCUGAGACACCCUCUUUGGGAGCACAGGCAGUUAGCUGGAAGAACUCCAAGGAAAAGAAUUUUCCACAAAACUCAAGAAUGUCGAGACUUAACGAAGGCUGAUGGAAACCCAGGAAGCCCAGUGGGCAGCUUCUGCCUAGGGCAGAGCCCACAAACCAGUGCGUCUGUGCAGAACGUCUGGAUGGACACCCAUCAUGCAUCAGUGCAAUAGAGUCUAGUAAGUGUCUCUAGCCAGGCUUGUCAGUUGUGCAGGAAACAAGGCCUGGUCCUAGCAAACCUUAGCAUAUCUUCCCUUUUUAUUAUAAAUGGGUGGUUGUUUGGUUUGUUUAUUUUUAUAAUUUUUACUGAUGCUCAGUAACCAUGAAAAACUGUGCACAUUCAUGUACUAAUAGAUCUGUACCUAUCUAUCUCUGUACGCAUAUAUACAGUUCACUGUAGAAAACCACAGCUAGCGAGCAUCGCAGACUCAUGCAAACCAAGUGAUCUUGUUUACAGUAACCGUCAACAGUGCCAAUAAGGGGUGAGGACACUAACAGUGUAACUGGUGACCACGUGAACAGUUCCAUGAAUUAAAUGUUUCCUGUGUUAAUCAGUAUUCUUAAAUUAAAAGAAAAUGUUUAUAAUGGAAA